UGGAGCGGCGCGCGCAGUGCGCGGCAGGUCUCUCGCGUCUCCGUCGGAUCUCUCGGUUCAUUGCGGCGGCUGCAGGUCCGUCGAGCGUCGCGCGGUAUGUCGCGCCAGCGCCCGUGCGUGUGAGGAGGAUGAUGAGGACGAUGAUGGAGGAAUCAGACAGCAUCCCCUGCGCCGCGGAAGACGGACUUCUGUCCGGCUGGAGAUGGAACCGAACCGCCCGGGAUCAGGUCCAGAUCAAGCAGAAGAUCCGAGAUCUGCCCGGGUUAUUAAAACACGGACUCAACCUGCGCAAAAAGACCCAGUCACCUGAUACUGUCCCAGGACCCAGCACGGGCGUCACACCCAGACCUAAGACGUGCUCUCAGAGUUUUCCCUGCGCUGGACGAGCGUUGAGAAACGCUUUUCUGUCUCACGGACCGUAUCCAGCCAAAGACAAGAUUCACCUCGCUCGGAUAAUCAGGAGGAGUUAUGUCGGUGUGGAGUUGGUGCAGUGGUUAAUGGAACAGUGUGUUACAGUUCAGUGCCGGUUAAUGGCGUCACGUGUCUGGCAGGUGCUUCUGGAGCUGGGAAUACUACAUUCAGUGGACCAUCGGGUUGUGUUUGAAGACUCAAACACAUAUUAUCAGUUCUCGUUUGAGGAGUGUGACGCUCAGGGCUGUGAGUUCAGAAAUGAGGAGGAAUGGCAGAAUGGAGUGCGUCUUCUUCUUCAGAUCGUACCAUACGUCCAGUUCAGAGUCGUCAGUCCGCCAGAGGAAGAUCCCGACAGAAAGCGAGAUAUCUGCGGUGAGAUCCUUCAGAUGAAAGCACUCGAGAGACUCACGUCUACAGUACAGAAUGAACUGGCUGCUGCUCUUGCGAGAAAAGCAAAGAAAUCAAUGUCAGAAGAUGAGAGCUCAGAGGCAUCAGACUGUGCUUCACCAGACCCCCCGAAACCCACCGAAGACAAAAGCAAGCAGGCGGGCGUCUGUGCUCUCCGAGCUCCGGAUGACUUCUCACGGAUGGAGAUGGUCCAGCGGCUGGCUAAAGACGGAUACCGCUUUCUUCAGAACCAGAACUACAGGCUGCCGGAUCGUUCUGCACAGGGUCCGGGCGAGGGCGUGGUGCGGGUCUGUCUGAAGGAGAGGGGUCAGGACGUGUUGGUUCUCCAGAGAGUCCCGGCGGAUCCUUCCUCUCCACAAACCGCGGGAAUCAAAGACGAGGACGCUGAUAAAAGGUACGUGGUGGUGUCCGGGACGCCCCACAAGAUCCUGGAGCAUCUGUUGAGUGAUCUGCGUCCGGAUGAGCAUCAGGGGGCAGCGGAGGGGAAAGAGGCGGAAAUGCUUCUGGAUGAUUUUCUGUUGACGUAUCUGGUCUUCAUGUCUACCAGUGAACUCUGUCAAGCCCUGCUGGGACACUACUGUACGAAGCGCUGUCGGGGUAAGGAGGAAGGGAAGGAGGCCCUCUACAGGAAGAGGAAGGUACUGCACCUGGUGUCUCAGUGGAGCUCGCUCUAUAAAGACUUUCUGAGAGAGGAGGAGAAUGUCAAGCUCUUCAUGAAGACGCUGUAUCGAUAUGUUUUAGAAGACGUUUAUGAGUUUCCUACACUGGAAAAGGACCUGAAGGAAUUCCAGAAACUUCUGCGCCGCAGACACACAAUGGAUGACUAUUCUCCACACCAGAAGAACAAAGCUCUUUAUCAUCAGCUGAGUCUGAAGGAGAACAGCGUUCAGCUCCGAGUGCCUCCUAUCGAGAGUAAAGACGUGAUGUGUCGUGUGUACGUGAGCUCAGACUCUUAUCUCAGUAUGAGGGUUAAACCUGCAGUCGUGGCUCAAGAACUUCUGCACAUCAUCGCUCAGAGGAUGGACAGAUGUGAAGACGACAUGAUGCUGGUGGUCCAGACAUACAGCGGAGAGAAGCGAGUUCUUCAGCCUCAUGAAAGUAUUUAUUCAGACUCUCUGGGGACUCCAGGUCGACUGACCGCCUGUCGCAAAGACCUCACUGAGAUUCUGCCUCCUCUGAUGGAGUGUCCAGAGCUGGGUCAGAAGCCCGUCCGACUGCUAGGAAUCAACACAUGGGACGUGGCUGUCGCUCUCACCAACUUCGACUGGAAUCUCUUCAACUCCGUUCACGAGCAAGAGUUGAUCUUCUACACGUUCAGUCGUCAGGCGAGCAGUGGCCACACGGUGGCGCUGGAGUUUCUCCUUCAGCGCUGUAAUGAGGUCCAGCAGUGGGUGAUGUCUGAGGUCCUGCUCUGUCCGUCGCUGGGAAAAAGAGUCCAGCUGCUCAAGAAGUUCAUCAAGAUCGCUGCUCAUUGUAAAGCACAGAGGAAUCUGAACUGCUCAUUCGCUGUCAUCAUGGGUCUGAACACGGCCUCUGUGAGUCGUCUCAAUCAGACGUGGGAGAAAGUUCCUGGAAAGUUCAAGAAGCUUCUGUCCGAGCUCGAGCUGUUGACGGAUCCGUCCAUGAACCACAAGGCCUACAGAGAAGCUUUCAAGAAAAUGAAACCUCCCAAAAUACCCUUCAUGCCUCUGCUGCUCAAAGAUAUCACCUUCAUUCACGAGGGGAACAAAACAUUUCACGAUAAUCUCGUCAAUUUUGAGAAACUGCACAUGAUCGCCGAAACGGUCCGACUCAUUCGCCACUGUCAGACCGAUCAGACAGGAAAUGAAGUGUCACAGUUUGAGAGUGCUGAAGUGAAAUCCAGCGUUCAUUUCCUUCACAUCAUUGACAAUCAGCAGACGCUCUUUGAACUGUCUCACAGGCUGGAGCCGAGAGUCUAACAGCGCCACCUGAUGGACGUUCAUCUCAGACACAGGUUCAGCUGUUCACACACUGGACACAGACUGAUGGAGACUGUGUUUAAAAUGUAUCUGUGUUUCACAAGAAGGCGUUUCACUUUCACAGCCAAAUACACCAGAACACAGAACUUCAGCGUGUUAGAGGACACUGGUUGUGCUCUUUUACUCUUAAAUUGUUUAUUAACUAUUGUCAGAGUUUAAUGUUGGUUGAUAUGAAACGUUUCCUGUCUGCAAAACGCAAAAAAUGUUUUGUUGAAAUCUUACUGAACAUGGCUUUUUAUCUUCGAGGAAAUGUGUGCUGAUGUUUAUGUGUGAAUUAAAUCAUUCAAACGGUCAGGGCUGGGCGAUAUUUAAUAUAUUUAAUAUAUUAAUAUUUUUGAUCUCGAUUUUUUAAUAUUUGCUCUUAAGUAGAGUGACUUGGUUUCACACGUUUCAACAAACUUUUGUUUAAUGGAAAUGCAGUCAAUAUCUAGUUUCAAAUAACCAACCAUUUUGAAUUUAUAUACAACAAUAAAUAAACAGCAAUAUUUAUUUACACCUAUUUUUACCAUUUAAAAUAUAACAAAAUGACACACAGAGACUUUUGUAAAUCUAAAGUUGUCUUCAACAAAGUUUAAAUUGCAUUGAAAGUGAUAUUUAUUUUAAAUCGCCAGCCAAAUGAUCACAACUAUUUUGUGACGUAUCUGACGUAUCGCCCGGCCCUACAGACAGCGCACAUUUGAUAAACUCACGAUGAUGUCAUCAAGUACUCACUUUAUACUGACUCCUCUUCUUAAAGACUUUCAGCUUUUUGUUCUUAUUUAAGGUUCCACGUUUUAGCUCAUGUGAGAUGUGACCGCAGCCGGUUUUCUGUGACAAUUCAGUGACUGAAGCUUUUCUUAUGGAGUGUAAUGUGUACAGUGACCUGCCAGUAUUAUUUCAUUCAUUGUUUUUGUCUGUUUGAUGCUCAAAGCUCUUGAACAGGUUGUUUUCGUGGAGUUUGGCUGCUUUCUAACGCCACUGCAUUUCAAUAGGGUUUAUAUUCACAGUACUGAAGCUCUUGUGUCAAAAACAUUUCAGUUUUAAAGAAAUCUUAAAGCAACAUGCAUGCAUAUUGUAUUUGCACUUACAUCUUGGUUUGUACAUUAUCGUGGAAGAAUGUAUAUACUGUACGUUUAUAUAUGUAAAGAAAAAAGUCAUUGGUGGUUUGCAUACACACACAUUUCCGUGCCAAGCACUAUUAUGGGAGAUGAAUGCAAUAUGAGAAGAUUUUAAUCUCGUGUCAAAUGUUUCAAAAGCCUUAGAUGCACCCCCGGUUUGUCCUGAAGUGAUGCUUCAGUGCACUAACAUUCAGAUUUUCAGAAAAAAAUAUCAGAAAAAAGUGGGAUUUGAUAUCAAGAUGUCAGCGUUUAUUAGGUGGAUUACGUCGUUGCAUUUUAUUUAUGAUACCUCAGUUUGGUUUCAUUGUAAUAAUUGAAAAGCUCAGGAAAGAUUCACAGUUUCGACAUCACAGACGUCUACAUGGGAAGCAUGAUUUUCUACAGUAUUUUUAAAAAGACAUAAGAUUGGACUGCUGCCCUUUGAAAUCUGUGCACAUCCCUACUGCCGCAUUUUACUCACUGCCACAGAAUCACAAACAUGUGAAAAUGAAAACAAGAGAUUUUAUUUAAUAUGUUUAAUCAGUUGUGUUAUGUUGUGUUUGGAGAUAUAUUUCAGGGUAAAGAAUGUAAGAUUUGCCAUUUAAACAACAGAUGGUGUUAAAAUUGCGUCUGUAGGUCAACAAUUCUGUAAGUGUCAAGCAAGAAAUGUUCAGGUAAUAUUUCACCCCAAAAUUUAAGGAGAUUUACUGUAAUAAUGUGCAUAAACAAAAUGAAGCCUAUUUUACGAUCAUAAAGAUACGAUCUUUUUAAGAUAUUGUUUUUGCAUUUGGACAUUUUAAUUUUUUGUGAAAAUUGCUGUUAAGUGCAAAAAAGUAAAUGAAAACAAAAUGUAAAUGAGGUAAACGAUGAAGUAAAAUCUGCGUUUAAUUGUCACAACAAAAAUAAAUCCUAAUAGUUUUCAAAUAGGUUUCAUAGAUUUUUCAUUUAUAUUUUUGUUUUUUUUUGUGGUCUGAUCAUGUUUCUGACAGCAUUGAGAGAUUAACUCAUGUUUAAAUGAAUAUUUCUGAGGUUUGCUGUUUUCUGAAAGUCUAAACUUUGUUGGGGUGUAUUACAAACAGACGGUCCUGCUGGAUUUUGGAUUGCGUCUUGUGCUGUCACGACGAGAGAUUACAAAUUAUUUUAUUUUGAAAAGAAACUACAUUUACUUUGCCAUUGUCAAAUGAUGUUUUCAUAUUGUAAUCAUAUUACGGAAGCUCAUGGAAAGGCACUAAGAAAUAAACGUUUUGGGGUCUUGAUGUAAUCUGCAAAUGUAAAUCUAGCAAUGCUCUGAAUAUAAGACUCAAUGUUUAAAAAGAGAAAGGGUUUUAAAGCAAUAUAUUUACAGGUGUACGGUUUUUCCUCUGUUGCUAUAGAAACACACGUCUUUUCUAUAACCUGCAUUUUUACAAUAAUGUUCAAAAGCAAAAGAGUCAAUAAAAGAUUUAUGUAACAGUA